CUCCACCUUCCACCUCCCUCCCAUGGCCAUCCCAUGGUGUUCCUCCUCAACCCUCCAAAUCCCUGGGAUCUAUUCCCAAGGGCUGUUGUAAACACUUGGUUCCAGGCAAUCAUUCCGGAUAAAUAUCUGCGCAAGGGCAUUGUAGUUGGCCUCACCCACGUUAGUGAGGAUCGACAGAUCGACUGCUCACUUGGGUUUGUUGUUUCGAGUAUUACACCAGGUCCAGUCUUAUAACCUUGGCAGCUAGGAACCAUGCGUGUUUGCUAGGUGCUAUAUACUGACAGCUCAGCCAAUCGCAAAUGGCUGCACUUACUAACAACACUUCGAUUGCUAACCCGAAGUUGGCUCGAACCUCAAAACCGUCCAGAUCAGCUAGCUCACCAGAUAGAGCUCAGCAAGGGUUACGCGUUGAUCAGCUAGCAUCAAUCAGCGGAGACGUCAAGCGUCGACCCAGAUUCAGCAGAAACCUUCCAGUGAGGGCCAGCUUCUCUGGUUCUCGAUCUUCGCAGAGGUGGCAGAGAAGUGGAGCCCAGUCCGACAAUGAGCACUCGAAGCACUUCCUUCGCCAGUGCGCACCCAAUCCCCGGGACGUCCCUCCACGUAGAGCUGCACCGCCUGCUGGUGGUUGGCGAGAGGACACUGGAAUAGCCAGUGAAAAGGACUGGGGCAUAGAUCUGAAGAGCCAACCAGUUAACGAGUGCGGCAUUAACGAGGAUGGCAGCACGUGGUAUAGAGAGAGCGGAGAGGACAUGGGGGAUAAUGGCUAUCGAUGCCGCUGGACGAUCAUGGGCGGACGACACCCCAACGGGGCGUCGGAAUGGAAGGAAACUUGGUGGGAGAAGAGCGACUGGACGGGGUACAAGGAGCUGGGCGCGGAGAAGUCGGGCAGAAACGAUCAGGGCGACAGCUGGUGGGAGACGUGGCAAGAAGUAUAUGUUGUGGAUAACUGGAGCGGUAUUCCGAGAAUAGAGAGAAGCGCCCAUAAACAAGCCAAAUCGAGACAAGAAAACGUCUGGAACGAGAAAUGGUGGGAGAAGUACAACGGCAAGGGGUGGACGGAGAAGGGGUCGCACAAGUACGGGCGGUCCAACGACCAGUCGUGGUGGGAGAAGUGGGGCGAGCAGUACGACGGCCAAGGCAUGGUGCUCAAGUGGACGGACAAGUGGGCGGAGAAGGACGAUGGCACCAAGUGGGGAGACAAGUGGGAGGAGCGGUUCACGUCGGGGGUGGGGCACAGACAAGGGGAGACCUGGCACGUUGAGAACUCAGGCUCCCGCUGGUCAAGAACGUGGGGCGAGGAACACUUCGGCGAUGGCAUGGUGCACAAGUAUGGGAGGAGCACCAGCGGUGAACAGUGGGAUGUCGUGGUGGCAGAGCCGACAUACUAUGAGGGGAAGCCGCACUAUGGCUGGGAUGAAGCCGUGGCCAACUCCUCGCAACUGCUAUCCAUAGAGAUCAGGGACCGCACAGAACCCAGUGCCUUUGGGGACUAUGGUCGAUCACAAGGCAUUAACCCAGCAGCUCAAGACGACUACCCUAAAAAUGGCAGACCACCCAUGUAUGACAGCUCGCCGUGAAGCCUUGGAGGAGUUGUGACUACCGGUAGUGGCUAGACUGGUUUGAAAAAACAGUCUGUUUUACUUGCUCAACUCCAGGGCUCUAGUUUGCAGAUUGCAGUGGGGUCAGGGCUUUGUAGCAAUCAUAUUGAGCUAGCAAUACAUUGGCAUAGUGAUUCUUCAAAUGAGGUCCGAGGUUAUACUGUAUUGGUGUAGCGGUUUCGAAUAGA